UCGUCUGCUUUCGUGGCGCGAUGAAAUACCUGACAUAUUUGCGGCUCACUUGUGUGGGUCUUUUGCUUUAUUCUACACUGUCGGUCUCCCUAAGUAUACAUCUAACAUGGCAAGCAGGGGCUGCUUUCAUUCUCUUCCUAGUGUCUUUUUAUGUACUGAAAACCGACCAGAAUGUUGGACUUCGAGUCACCUCACCAUUUGUCUUCAACCCUCUUAAGAAGCAGAAAAAGGAAAUGGAGAAAACGCUGGACGACUUAACGGAAGAACAAAUUCAUAAGUUUGAACGUCAGAUCAGCGACUUCGUCACCUACGACGCCGAGAACUGCCUGGUGUUGGAGCGCUUUGAACCCUUGAAGCAGCAGUCGCAGUGUACCUUUGCGAAGAAGGCUAGGGUGUGGGGAGCACGUGAUUGGCAGGAGAGUUUGAGUCUUGAAGAGAAUGUCUGCAGAUCCCUCGCAACCUUCUACAAGUUCGUGCUACUGGUUCCAGAGCUCGGACUAGAUGCCUUCCUCUUCGAGGUGCCACAAGUACCGUAUGCUUCCGACAUUCAGACGUUUGGUCAAUCUGUUCGCCGAGUCCUGACUGUCUUGUCCGACGCCGAUCCCACUGGCUACAGAUGUAUGGACAAGACGUUCAUAUCACGGAAGGAAUGGGCGUUUCAAUUCAAUAGGAUGACUUUCUUCGUCACGACAUUUGGUCCUUUCUAUUCUGAAUCACACCCGAGAUAUGCCUUUGGGUGUGAUCAAGGGUUCAUCCUCCUUCAGCCAGAGUUGUCCUUCGCCUUCAAGGACCUCCCUUCGGAUACCCCAAAGACAAAUUGGGACAACCCGCUGACUGUCAGGGAUAGAAUACGGGUGGCGUUCAGAGAUGCUGGGCGGCCCUAUAAGAUUAGGCCGACGAUUUUCUACCCUAUGACCGAGGAUAUUGUCCGACCAUUGCAAGAGGAGGACCCAGUUAUUGAGUGGUGGGUGAAAGCUACUACCAUGACUACGGAUUCCUGAGAUUGUGACACCAGCGGUAGAUUGAUAUGCAUUUGUAGUAUGAAAUUAUCUGCCUUCCCAUGACAGGGUAAAACCAGAUGGAAGAGGAUUCCACAUAUACCAGCAGUAUUAACAUACUAUACAGGAACUUGUUAAUCAAUUAGUUUAAUUGUAAGACGACGUCGAUAGACCGAGAUAGAACCACCAUAGUCAAAAGUUGCCAGGCUCCAGCAACCGACUCUUGUUUCUAUUGCCUUUAUGUUUGAAGAAAAUAAAAAUCUCUCGCUGUAGCUCCAUUCCGCAGUCGUCGUGUAGAGGGAUGGGCUUAUCUAGUCGAGAAUAUACUGUAAAAAUUGAACCUGGGAAAGUCUUAACCUCUGCUCUGUAUGGAUUAACUGUGUUCAUGUUGCUUUUAUUAAUAAUGAUACAUACAGUUGUAAAUGAUUUUGAAUAAAAUCCACGUAAGCUUCUUGUA